GGAGCUUAAUGAACCGACUUCGAUACUCGUGCGUCUAUGCUUUCGUUGCACGACGUCUCACGACCAUUGUGAUCAAAACGCACGCGGACUCAUCGUUUCCGUCGCCAUUGGCGCGGGGUCUGCCAUGCCUUUUUCAGGUGCCAGUGCGAUUCGACAAAGAUGCGCGCUUCACUGCUGCGCCCGUCCGCUCUGCGUGCCAGCAGCGCAUACAUCUUGCAUCCGCCAGGUAUCCACUUGUGUUUUGCGAAGUGGAUGCACGCUUAGCUGGCAUGGACCCAGCGUGUCCGAUGCGAAAGCUCGAUUGGCAAAGAGUGGAUGUUCAAGGCAGGUGCACCUUGCUGCUCGGCACGGUGUCCCUCCCUUUCAGAGGCAUGUACGGCAACUUGUGCUCCCGGACUUUGACGAAAGGACAGGGAAGCAAGAUCCGCUCCGUUCGAUCGUUCGACUUCUAUGCACUUCCUGUUCAAGGGCAGUAGCACAAGAAGGCGCAGCUUCUCAGCCGCUCUUCAAAGUGCAAGUCAUCUCACCGCCGCCUUACAAGGUGCUCUUUUGCGGCACGGACGAAUUUUCCUGCGUCAUCUUUGAGGAGCUGCUAAGGCAUCGUCAAGAUCUCAUCCAGCAUGUAGAAGUACUGGUCCCUUCUAGCCCCGAGCCUCGUAAAAGCUCUCGUGGUAAACAAAGAGUCGCAAUACCGCCGCUCAAACUUCUUGCCGCAGAGCACGACAUCACCAUUCACGAAGUGCCUCGAGCCGGGCUCGAUUCUUUCGAGGUUCCAGACUCCUUUCGAGAGUCUUCCAACGCGCUGCUGGUAGCUGCCUCUUUCGGACAUCUCAUUCCGCCAGCCUUUUUGCACGCUUUUCCGCAUUGGCAAAAGCUCAAUGUCCAUCCUUCCCUCUUGCCAAAGCUGCGAGGAGCUGCACCCAUUCAGUGGGCCAUCGCGAGGGGCCACACACUGACAGGCGUUUCCGUCCAGCGAAUCUCGGAAAAGUUCGACCAUGGAGAGCUGCUCAACAGCCAAGAGGCCAUGCCCACAAGCUCGUCGUACAUACGAUUGCGGGACCAAUUGGCUGCAAUUGGUGCAGCCUUGUUGGCUGAGACUCUUCGUACUCUGCCUGAACGUGCGGCCAAGGCGUGCCCUCAAUCGGCGAUGCCGGACUCGCACCAGCCUCCUUCGAUGGCGCGAAAGGUACAGAGGCGUCAUGCUCUUGUGGACUGGAACACAAUGUCGGCAGAGCGCAUCGAGCGAUUGAACAGGGGUGUGAGCCAUUUUUUUCCCGUGUACAGCAUGAUGCCUAAUCCCAAAGCUACCGAUCCAAGAUCCUCCAUCAACGAAGUGUCACUUCACGACCUCGAGGUGGUGGAGCUAGGGGGGGUAUCUGAAUUGAGCGCAGCCGAUAGCAAAGCUAUGUCACUGUUGCGCGACGCCGACUCGAUGCCGGGCACAGCAUGCCUAUCACGACCUUUGGGCGGUCUGUUGAUGAAGUGCGUAGGAGAAGGAAAGGAUGCGUCGUUUUUAUUGGCACGCAAACUUCAUACGGCUGGUAAGCCCAAGCCUGCAAAAGAUGCGGAAGAGUGGCUCAUCGGGUACAAGGAACGUCUAGAUCAAAGAGGCUUGCUCACAUUUACUUCUGCGCUCGAGAAAUCGUGAUGCUUACUUGGAACGAGACCCGGAUGCAGAUCAGAGCCUCGCUGUUCGCCCUCUUGCUUCUCUUGCUUGUUUGCGCGUCCAAAAGU